AUGCAGGGCCUCGUCAUUGCCGCCGUGCUGGCUGUCGCCGCCGCCGCCCCGGCACCGGAGACACUUGGCUACCAGCCCGCUCCGGCCCCCUACCACCCGGCACCCUCGUACAAGCCGGCCUCUUACCACUCGGAGGCCCAGUACAAGGAGGCGGCCAAGCCGUUCGCUUACGACUACGCCGUCAACGACCACUACACUGGUACCAACUUUGCCAAGAAGGAGGAGAGCGACGGCCACAACACCCAGGGAUAUUACUCGGUUGCUCUGCCCGACGGCCGUGUCCAGCACGUGAAGUACGUCGCCGAUAACUACGGUGGCUACAACGCUGAGGUCACCUACGAGGGAGAAGCCCAAUACCCCGAGUACCAUCCCGCUCCUGCCUACAAGGCUGCUGCUCCUGCCUACAAGGCUGCUGCUCCUGCCUACAAGGCUGCCGCCCCUGCCUACAGGGCUGCCGCUCCGGCCUACAGGGCUGCCGCUCCGGCCUACAGGGCUGCCGCUCCGGCCUACAGGGCUGCCGCCCCUGCCUACAGGGCUGCUGCUCCGGCCUACAGGGCUGCCGCUCCGGCCUACAGGGCUGCCGCUCCGGCCUACAGGGCUGCCGCUCCGGCCUACAGGGCUGCCGCUCCGGCCUACAGGGCUGCCGCUCCGGCCUACAAGGCUGCUGCCCCGGUCUACAAAUGUGUUGAGGAAACGCUGCUGUACGACUCCAGCAUCGAGCAGGCCUUCUCAAGGAUUGCGGUCUCAUGGUUUCAAAUAUACGGAGUAGAGACGCAAGAUUUUCCGCCCGCUUCUUACCAUCCGGAGUCCCAGUACAAGGAGGAGGCCAAGCCGUUCGCCUACGACUACGCUGUCAACGACCACUUCACCAGCACCAACUUCGCCAAGGAGGAGGAGAGUGAUGGCUACGACACCCAGGGAUAUAUUUUACUCAGUGGCCCUGCUCGACGGCUGUGUCCAGCACGUCAAACAUAG